AUGUGUAACACUCAAUAUGGAUUUAACGUCGCCCUCAACAAACCAGCAUACCAUCAGUACCCAUACAAACCAGAUUACGACCAGUAUAACGCCAUUAAAGCUGUGGACGGACGUAAAUCUGACCUGAGCUGGGAAGGAGGUCAAUGUGCUUUAUCAGAGUACGGUACACAGACAGCCACCUGGUGGGUGAACCUGAUCAGCAUCCACAGUAUUCAUCACAUCAUCAUAUACUUCUUGACGAAAAACCGUGGAUAUGUCUUUUGGAGAGAGAACCUAGCAGGCUAUGUUCUUGGAUUCUCCGUGUAUGUUUCUAAUACCACGGACAUAUCACAUGGGACGUUGUGUUUCAAGGACGACAACUUCACAAUAAACACAAUACCUUCUGUCUUCACAACAAACUGUUCUGUUCAUGGACAAUAUGUCAUCUACUACAACGAAAGACUACCAGGAGUUGUCUACCCCGACGGUUAUGAAAGUUCUGUAGAUAGUGACCUCUGUGAAGUAGAGGUGUAUGGAUGUCCAUCAACAGGGUUUUACGGAUCUAACUGCUCCAUUCCCUGUCCUGAUGUCAACUGUCAGUACUGUCACAUAGAGACGGGCUAUAGCCAGUGUUGUAAACCUGGGUACCAAGGUCAUCACUGUGAAUUAGGGGACCAAUGUACAACAUGUGAGUAUACAUGCAUAUCCUACAGUUACAGCACAACAACACAUCGGACAUUAUUGCACUGA